UUUGAUAAUUAAUAACGUUAAAUGUUUUAGUGGCUGUAACUCGGCAACAUAUUUCAAGAUCAAAGUGUAACUGCAGCCUACAAGGCCAACACUAGAUAUGACUUUGGACAAAGACGAAAUUUUCUGACUUAAAUUGAAUCAUGUUGUUGAUGAUCAGCACAGUGGGCCCUGUUGGUAAAUGGAAGGCAAUGGCACGUCCAUCUUUACCAUCCUCAUUGGACUCCACAUUACCUGGAAUAUCUCGAGAAGUGCUGUCUGUGUCCAUGGAACCAAAAUAUCAAUGUCAGCAGUGCAAAGAUAUUCUUAGAAAACCUUUCCAAGCACAGUGUGGACAUCGCUUCUGUGUGUUCUGUUUCAAACAACUCACCAGCUCAGGGCCCAUACCCUGCGAAGCCUGUCGUGCUGAGGGUAUAUUUGAAGAGACCGUGUCAGUGCUCAAUAUUGAAGUGGCAUUUCCUGAUAAUGCCGCACGAAGAGAAAUUGAUAGCUUGCCUGCAAAAUGUCCAAAUGAAGGAUGUAGUUGGUCUGGAACACUGAAAGAGUAUGAGGCUCAACAUGAAGGUCGUUGUGACUUUGAACGUAUAAAAUGUGAAGCAUGUCAAGCACUCAUCUUGUCAAGUGAGAAAGAUCGCCACAAUGAGCGGGAAUGUGAGGCCAGAACCCUGAACUGCAAAUACUGCAAGGUCACAUUCAACUUUAAAGAAAUUAAGGCUCAUGAUGAAAUAUGUCAGAAAUUUCCCAUGCAGUGCAAAGACUGUGGUAAAAAGAAAAUCCCCAGAGAAAAGUUUCAAGAGCACAUCAAGUCUUGUGCAAAGUCUAAAUCGGCGUGCCAGUUCAGAGAAAUUGGCUGCAGGGCAGUGGUUGACAAUAGUAAGCAGCAGGAUCAUGAGCAGACCAGUGUGAUGGAACACAUGCGUCUCUUGCUGUCUGUGCUGUCCUCUCUGCGUCUGCCGGCCGGAGAUUGGCAGGACGAUUCUGGACUAGGAUUGUAUCGCGGACCUGAAGACGCACCUCCGGUGGGGGCUCAUGCUGUUAACCAUAAUGCAGGAAGAGGAGGCAGUCCGGGUGUACAGCAGAAAGUCUCAGCAUUGGAGAACAUAGUGUGUGUGUUGAACAGGGAGGUGGAGCGAUCGGCCCUCACCCUGGAGGCACUAUCCCGUCAACAUCGGCUAGACCAGGAAAAGAUAGAGAACUUGGCAAACAAGGUGCGACAGCUGGAACGGAUUUUAACCACGCGAGAUCUACAGUUAGCCGAAUCAGAGCAGUCCUUGCGGGAGCUGCAGUUUUGUACAUAUGAUGGAGUUUUCAUUUGGAAAAUAGCAGACUUCUCUCGUCGCAGACAAGAUGCAGUCGGGGGCCGGGCACCUGCCAUGUUCUCACCUGCGUUCUACUCCAGUAAAUAUGGGUAUAAGAUGUGUCUGAGACUAUACCUGAAUGGUGAUGGCACAGGACGGGGCACGCAUCUUUCUCUAUUCUUUGUGGUCAUGAGGGGCAAAUAUGAUGCACUGCUGAAGUGGCCCUUUAGCCAGAAGGUGACAUUGAUGUUGUUGGACCAGAACAACAGAGAGCACAUCAUUGACGCCUUCAGGCCUGACGUGAGCUCCACAUCCUUCCAGAGGCCCAUCAGUGAAAUGAACAUAGCCAGCGGUUGCCCUCUCUUCUGCCCUCUCUCUAAGCUGGCAGGCAAAAGCUCAUAUCUUCGAGAUGACACCAUAUUUAUUAAAGCCAUUGUCGACCUCACUGGCUUAUAAAGCAUUGGAAUUAUCCAUGAUAAUAAUUGAUGAUAUUAUUGUUAUUAUUGUUAUAUAUUAGCUGCGGAAGCCAAUUUAAAUAUUAUACAAUAUAAAUGAUAAUAACAUUAUAUUUAGAUGAACACACACAUCGUGAACACAUACCCGGAGCAGUGGUUGCACUAUUUUGAUUAAACUCUUAAAUUAUAUGAUAUAAUAAUAUUUAAAACACAAUAUAUAUUUAUUAUAGUAUGCAUUAUAUUAUAUCUAUUAACGAUACCUACUUUUAGUAAUGUAUGUAAUGCAUAAAUUAGUGUUCCUGUGGCUCAGUGAUAGAGUAUUGUUAGCAGCGCAAAAGGUUGUGGGUUUGAUUCCCAGGGAAAAUGAUGGGUAAAAAAUUUUUAGCCUCAAUGCACAGUGAGUCGCUUUGCAUGAAAGCCUCUGCUAAAUGCUUAAAUUUAAAUCUGAAUAAUUAUUACAUAUGACAUGUUCUGUGACCCGAAGCUUUAGCUAUUUUAUGCAUAUACUGUUCUUUUAGCGGGAUUUUUCAUGCUAUUAAAUAUGUGAGAUCUUAGGAUUCGAAAAAAAAAAAAAAA